CGUAUUCAAUAUGUUUGUAAUGAUACCCCUCACUCGCUUUGUAAUUGUAGGUACCGGAGUUGUAACUAUCUCUGAUUGCUACGGCCGUUGGGCAGAGGGUGACAAAUUGAAGACCGACGAGGUUUAUCGAUGAAUUAAUGCCGAACUUCAUUCAUCGAGUAAAACAUGAUGCACGCUGUAAUUAGAUGGACGCUCAGCGAUGUAUGUUACCUGGGUUUUGACGUUAACCGGUGAUGGAUCUGUAUCUCUAUCGAUUAAAAACUAUCGGUAUUUCUUCAUCAAUGACUAAGACACAAACUUUUACAAACGACGCAUCUGUGUGUUCUCUCUUCUUUUUUUUUUCUUAAUGAAAAACAUGUUAGUAUUCCUCGUCACCGCCUUAAGAUGAAUUAGCACUGAGGGAUCUGCCUUAAGUUACUUUCUCCAGACCGGAGUAUCUUUUAUUGCACCCUUGUGCUUUGAAUGAAAUGCAUUAUUAAUGCUUGCAACGUCUGUGUAAGAGGAUGGACGAACAAUAUUCCAGUGAUUCGGACGAGGGGGACGGCUUCUACUCCUCCCAAAACAAGGACACUUGCUACCGGUGCCAAAAGCGCGUGUACCCCGUGGAGAGGGUGGACGUCGGGGUCUUAUUUCACCGGCGCUGCUUCCGUUGCAGGGUGUGCGGACUCCAGCUAACGUUGCGGACAUUCAGGUGGCAACAAGAUGGCCAACCAUCGGACGUGUAUUGCCAUGGUCACUUGCCCAAAAUCGUGGGCCUUAUUAAUAAGGACGCUAUGGGAAUCCAGUCCGCUCUCAAUGCACCCAAACUGGGUGUUCAUUUGAACGAACAGAUCAGGGGAGGCGCCUUCAAUCCAGGGUGGCAGUAUGACGCAAACGCUCUCGAGUUUUCUCAUCAACGAGAGUUGAACCAUCAGAGGAAGCAAAGAACUUCAUUCGGAACCUAUCAAGACUUCGAAAGUCUUGGCGUUUUUGACGCACAGACGGAGUUAGAAAGGCGACAGCAAGAGGAAGAGGACAAACUAUACAGCCAGUUAACACUGGAAAGACGGAAACGGAUCAACACUUUGGAAACCGAAAUUAAACAGGAAAAAGACAAAUCAGUCAAAGAGCUUAUCACAAAUAUUGAGAAGAAAAUCGAGAAAACGAACAAAGCUGGUCUUGAAAAGGAAUCCCAAAAAAUUGAAGAGAUUUACAAGAGAAAACGAGAAGAGAAGUUAAAACAUUUACUCGAAAAAUUGAGCGAGGAGGAGAAAAUUCGUGUUAGUCAACUCAUUGAGAAGCACAGCCAAGAAAUGUUGUUUCUCAUCGCUGAAAAACUCUGUUUGAGCGAGGUGUCAUCCUCUGAUUCGGACUGCAGCUCCUCUCCCUCCAUCAAUAUGUGUCGACCUCCUCCGGUCGCUCCGCCGGAGUUCAGAAGAUCCGCCUUAUUUAAGAGUACGGGAGAACUUGAUCACAUCGACGAAAAAGUCUUAAAUAUUGCUAAAACAGAUUAUUCUUCCUUUACGGAUCUUGUGAAAAACCUAAUGCAAGACUGUACUAGCGAUCUGGAGAAAGCCAGGGCAAUCUUCCGGUGGAUUUGUCUGAAAGACCUGAAUAAGAUUGAGAUUGAUGAGACAGUGAGCUCCGAAUCACCGCUCGGUAUUCUCCGGGGAAUCAAGCAAGGAACGGAGAGUUAUCACGACCUCUUCAAACGGCUGUGCAGUUAUGCCGGACUUUACUGUGAAAUUAUAAAAGGAUUCUCAAAAGGUGCCGGCUACAAGCCUGGUAUGAAAUUUGACGGACCGCGAUUCCGGAAUUCUUGGACCGCCGUCUUUUUGGAGGGGUCCUGGUGUUUCAUCAACUGCAACUGGGGGGCGAGACACAUCAAGUGUACCAAGAACACCACAUUCUACUACCGCUCGGACGAGUUCUACUUUGUCACCGACCCAGAAGACCACAUUCACCAACACUUUCCGGAUAAUCCGAAAUGGCAGCUUCUUGAAUGCCCCGUCACUAUUGCAGAAUUUAUUAAUUUGCCUGUAGUAAAGUCUCCGUUUUUCAACCAUGGAAUCAAGUUUGCGAAUCACUAUGAUUGUACGCAGUAUACAAACAAAGGACUGGUCGCCAUGCAGUUUAAUAUUCCAAACUUACUCGGGUUUGGUUAUACCUUUGAGGCUAAGGAUGCGAGUGUUACUGCCAAUAAGCUGGAGGGAAGGGCAAUGAUUCGGAUUAUCGGACAUAAGGCGAUAUUUACUGUAGCGCCUCCUAAAGCCGGCAAAUAUUACUUUACAAUUUACGUAAAGGAAGAUUGGACCUCUGAAUCUUUGCAGUGCGCUUGUGCAUUUCGAGUGAAGUGUCGAGAGAGAAGGGAACAUAUCAAGAGUCCCUUUCCGAUGGUGCCGUUCUUUGGCCCCACUCCUCUGAUGGCCAAACUAGACAUAGCACCACUUACUCACAUUGACCCUUUAGUUGUUUACAGCUACGACGAUGUCUUUCUGCGGUUUCAGGUUCCAUCAAAUAUUGCCUUAUCGUAUACCUACCAAUAUCACGGACCCUUUCAGUGCAGUAUUACAGACUUUCAAAGAUACACGUUCUUAUCCAAACGUGAUCACGAAUCUGUCACGUUCCAGAUCCGAUGUCCGAUCAUGGGAAAAUAUGUGGUGUCGGUGUUUGGUUCUGGAAGUGCAUCAACCGAUGUACCGGAGAUCCUGUUCCGGUAUCUUAUCGACUGCAAGCAACCCGCGAAAGACAAACGUCCUCUUCCGCGCGCCUGCCAUCGUUGGCAGGGAAACACUUUGAUUGAACCCAUCGUCGGGGACGUUCCUCUGGGAAUAAGGGUGAACUUCAGGCUCUGUGCUCCCAAGGCACUUGAUGUUGCCUUAUUAGCGGGGAGUAUUUGGCAUCAUUUUCGAGAACUCCCUGAUAACAUGUGGAUGGCUAAUAUCUUCACUGGAAAUGAAGAAUGCAAAGCAAAAAUAUACGCCAAAUAUUCUCAUGAAAAGUGUAGAUUCUCACCACUUGUUGAAUUUCACAUAAAAUGACUUUUGUUUUAAAUCUUUUGAUGAGACAAUCAUAACUGGUAUUUUUACACUGCAAAGUACAAUGCUAUUUCGUUUUAGACGAUGGCAGCUUCGUUUUUAUUUUUGAAAUAAAUUUUCUACAUUGAUUGAAAUUUGA